AUGGAUGUGAACGUCAGGUCCAUUUAUCAAUCAACUAAGGUUAUCCUGCCUUAUUUCUUGGAAAACAGUCGACCUGGCGUCUUUAUCCAAGUUAGCUCGACGGCGGCUCUUCGACCGCGUCCUGGGUUAACGUGGUACAACGCCUCCAAAGCUGCCGUUAGUGUUGCCACGAAGUCUAUGGCCGUGGAAUUCGGUCCCAAAAACAUCCGUUUCAACAAUGUCUGCCCAGUAGUGGGAAGCACUGGUUUGACGCAUUUGUUCAUUGGAAAGCCUGACACCGAGGAGAAUCGCGCACCUUUUGCGAGUACGAUCCCUCUCGGUCGAGGCUCAACACCUAUCGACGUUGCCAAUGCAUGCUGCUACCUGGCCAGCGACGAGGCCGAGUUCAUCACAGGUGUGGAUUUACAGGUACGCGAGAUACCAUCUCAUUCUCAACUUCUUAUCCAUCCCCAAUUUGUCUCCCCUUCCUAG